GCCGCGCCACUCGCCUCGGCAGCGGCAUGGCGCUCCGGGGAGCCUGCCUCCUCCUCUGCCUCGUGUCCCUCGCCCACGUCUCCGGACAGCAAAACGGCAGAGCCCGGCAGAAGCCGGCUGCUUCCAAGAAAGAUGGCGUGAGCGUCAAAAUGAUUGAGGAGCUGAAGGCCAUGAUGGAAAACAUCUCCCAGGAGGUUGCCUUGCUGAAGGAAAAGCAAGCACUUCAGACAGUUUGUCUGAAAGGCACCAAAAUCCACCUAAAAUGCUUUCUUGCAUUUACUGAGACCAAGACGUACCAUGAGGCCAGCGAAAACUGCAUCUCUCAGGGCGGUACCCUCAGCACCCCCCAGAAUGGGGAGGAGAACGACGCGCUCUACGACUACAUGCGGAAAAGCAUCGGCUCUGAGGUGGAGAUCUGGCUCGGCCUCAACGACAUGGCGGCCGAGGGCAAGUGGGUCGACAUGACGGGCACCGGCAUCCGCUACAAGAACUGGGAGACUGAAAUCACCACCCAGCCGGAUGGCGGCAAGUCGGAAAACUGCGCGGCCUUGUCGGGGGCAGCGAUUGGCAAGUGGUUUGACAAGAGGUGCAAAGAGCAACUGCCCUACGUCUGCCAGUUCAUGAUCGUGUAACACCCGGGGCUCCUCCUGCAGGCCAGCUUAUUCCACUUGGCAACAGGAUUAUCAAGCUAUAGGUAUGUGUAUGUGUACAUAUACACACAUGCAUGCACACA